AUGCUGCGCUUGGUGGGCCGUGCUGCACGCUGCUGGGGGGCCAAAUGGGCACCCGGGGGGGGCCAGCACCCCCCGGCCCUGCCAAAGGCAUGCCUCGCCAGUGCCGCCGGGACCGGUGCCUGGCCCAAGGACGUGGGCAUCCUGGCGCUGGAGGUGUACUUCCCCGCCCAGUACGUGGAGCAGGAGGAGCUGGAGCGGUACGACGGCGUAGAAGCCGGCAAGUACACGCGGGGCUUGGGCCAGCAGCAGAUGGGCUUCUGCGCGGCCCACGAGGACAUCAACUCGCUGUGCCUGACCGUGGUGCAGCGGCUGGUGGAGCGCGGCCGCCUCUCCUGGGAUGCCAUCGGCCGCCUGGAGGUGGGCACCGAGACCGUCAUUGACAAGUCCAAGGCUGUCAAGACUGUCCUCAUGCAGCUGUUCCACGACUCGGGCAACACUGAUGUGGAGGGCAUCGACACCACCAAUGCCUGCUACGGGGGCACGGCCUCACUCUUCAACGCGGCUGCCUGGGUGGAAUCCAGCGCCUGGGAUGGUCGUUAUGCUGUGGUGGUGUGUGGGGACAUUGCUGUCUACGCCACGGGGAACGCGCGGCCCACGGGAGGUGCCGGUGCCAUCGCCAUGCUGGUGGGACCCAACGCCCCGCUGGUGCUGGAGAGAGGCCUGCGGGGAACCCACAUGGAGCACGCCUACGACUUCUACAAGCCGGACCUGGCCUCCGAGUACCCAGUGGUGGACGGGCAUCUGUCCAUCCAGUGCUACCUGCGGGCGCUGGACCGCUGCUACGCCGUGUACCGCCGGAAGGCAGAGAGCCAGUGGCAGCAGGCCGGCGUCCAACGGCCCUUCACCCUCGACGACUUCAAGUUCAUCAUCUUCCACACGCCCUUCUGCAAGCUGGUGCAGAAGUCGGUGGGGCGGCUGCUGCUGAAUGACUUCUUGGCCAACCCCAACCCUGACACGGCCACCGGCCUGUACAAGGGGCUGCAGGCCUUCCGUGGCGUGAAGCUGGAGGACACCUACACCAGCAAGGAGGUGGAGAAGGCCUUCCAGGCAGCCAGCCAGGAGAUCUUCAACCAGAAGACCAAACGCUCCCUGCUCCUCUCGUCCCGCAACGGCAACAUGUACACGCCAUCCAUGUAUGGCUGUCUGGCCUCCCUCUUGGCACAGUCCUCAGCGCGGGACCUGGCCGGCUCCCGGAUUGGAGCCUUCUCCUACGGCUCGGGGCUGGCCGCCAGCAUGUUCUCCCUCCGCGUCUCCGAGGAUGCGACCCCAGGCUCACCCCUGGACAAGCUGGUGUCCAGCCUGGCUGACCUGCCCGCUCGCCUGGACGCCCGCAAGCGUGUGGCCCCGCAAGACUUUGCUGCCAUCAUGAAGCAGCGGGAAGAAACACAUCACUUGGCUGACCACGCUCCCCAAGGCUCCCAGGCCGAUCUCUUCCCCGGCACCUGGUACCUGACGCGAGUGGAUGCCAAGUACCGCCGGCAAUAUGCCAGGAAGCCUGUCUAG